UACAUAUGUAAAGCACGGGCAUGUUGCUACUUAAUGAAACCCACUUUUGGACCACACGCGAAGAUGUGCGCGUAAAAAACACUGACUUGGGUGCAUUUCGCUACAUGCGCCAACACCCGCAAGCGCAGGAUGUAAUAGCGCUGGCAAAACGGGACUACACGGAGCGUCGAAAUGGAAGAACUGUGCUGAAGAACAGUCGCAAAACGGCGGGCAGAUUAAAAGACAAUCUAAAGAAGCUAGAGGAACUGUUAAGGACUCACAAGCUUGUCCACUCGGAAUGGCAGGAUGCGGCGCAAGUGCUCCUCCUCUUUGCUAACGGGGUCAUUGCGCAUAUAUGCGUCGAUGUUUACACGGGCGACAUACUGCGCAUGGUAUUUGAGAAGUAUCUCGUUGGGAAAUUGGCCACCGAGGUCAUUACCGAUGCAUUUUUUACACGUUCCCACAUCGUCUUGGCCUACAAUACAAAUCAGUUGACUGUGGUGCAUCUUCAGAAGCCGAAUGUCCGACCGCAGGGGCCCGAAAAAAUUGCGAACAUGGAUCCCCGUAUAUUUCAUGUCAUCAUUCCAGGCGCCGCCGAGCGCAAGCUGGCACGCCAUCUAACGGUAAAUAGUAGCUUUGACUUGUUCGUCGUGUGGACACAGUCGUCCCAGAACGAGGUGUACCCCUGGCGGCCCACUAUACGCGAUCAGGAUCGCGCCAACAUACACGUAUUCAAAAUUCAGGGCAUGCAACUGGAAUCGAUUGCCUACUGCUGGUCUGAAAACGAUCCGCUCUGUGUUGACUUUCUGCGCUCGUUGGAGAGUCAAAUAAUAACGUUAGAGCAGAAAAUAACUCGCAAAGGAGAAAUCUCCGCAGAAAUCUGUUCGUACGAAGUGAAUACAGGAAAGAUGGCCCGCAUCUCAACUACAUCAAUACCCAUGGGCAGUCAAAUUUGCUGCUUCGCGUUCAGUCCGGACCAGGAAAAGCUCUUCUUAGGCACAAUUGCCAGCAACAUCUGUCUGCAUGACCUUGUACUGCAAACAACAAAAUACGUGGCUCAAGUCGAGAUCGUACCCACACAAUGUACUUGGCACUGUGAUUCGGCGCUAAUUAUGAUUGCAAACGAAAGUUCGCAGUUUCAAUGCUUCGAUCUGGCUCUCGCACCCGUUUGCAACCAGAUGUUAAGUGAAGAUGUGACACCGUUUAGUCUGCUGGACCUCUCGCAUUUCUUUCCCACACAGCCAACUCUGCUGAGCAUUACGUUCAGUCGCAAGCCCGAGCUCAUUAAUUUUGCGCACAAAUACGCACAAACAGACUGCUUUCUGCUGCUGCUUUACGAGCAUGGCCCCAUUGGCUGCAUGCGCCUUUUUUCAGGUGCUGGUAUGCGUGGCGAUAUCCACAACUCGGGCAUGACUGUGGACGUAAUUGCCGACAAAUAUUUGCGACUGCAUCAGCUGGAACGUGCCGUGAACGUCCUGGCCGCGCUGAACUGGGAUACCUAUGGAGCAAUGUGCCUAAUAACGCUGCACAAAAUCGCUAACUAUGUGUUCUUCUACGCCGAUCAUCGCCGCUUACGCAUCGAGCUAAUGGCCAAGGCCAUUAGAACAUUCACAGACUCUCUAUCCGAGGAGACAAAGGACGAGUUUAGCGAUCAAAUGUUCGAUCUGAAGCGGCGUUUUUGCUUCUUUCUGCUCCGAAAAAAUCUUUUCGCUGAGGCCUUUGAGAUAGCCCAAGAGAUCGAGGACUAUGAUCUGUUUAUGGAUAUCUUCAACCUUUCAAAAUGCAUUUCCAGUCUAAGUGAGUUCGCGCAGGCCGCGUUCAGCCAGGCCGCUGCCAUAAUCCACGAGGAGGACCGCGCUAAUGGCAAUCUGAGUUUGGCUUGCGAGUUUCGCUCAGAAUCGGCCUGUUCGCGAUCCACUUGUUCCGAGCUCCGCAAUCCCAGUCAGUCCUUGCAGCCAAACGCGCUGAAAAAUUAUGUGCCACCAUUGCCCUCCUUCAAGUCAAAAGUGUUCAAUGCGGAGAUGAUUAAAAUCAACAUACCGAAGCCAGAGUUGCGUGUAGACAUGCUGCAGGAGCGUACACGCCAACCACAACUACCCGAAGUGCGGGCCAUCAUUCCGCCAUCUUCAAUGACGACAUCUUUGGCAACGCUAUCACAAAAAAUUGUCGGCAAUGUAAUGGCAAGUCCAUUAAAUAUAAACGACAAUGGCAACUUUUUGUCCCAGGAUGUGCCGGAUCAAGCCGUGGGACUGCCUAGCAUUAACAACGUCACUUUAUCGAGCAGAUUUUCGUUAACUACAUUGCCGAGAGCUCCAGAUGCGCCAAUUUCCAGCGAACAGUGCCCGCUACCCAUGCCGACUAGCAACAGCAAGAGCUUCUCUGCACUGCCACCGCCCACAAGUCACAGCUAUCAGCCGAAAUUCUACCAACACCCACUGGUGUCUGGCAAUAUACCCGCAGUCCUACCCACAGUGAUCAAUGAAGAGUACCAGAAGCGUUUGUUACUCAAGAAGCCAACUGCCUCCAUCCUGUCCAACAGCUUGACUGGGGCCCCAACAUGCACUUCAAUUCAACCCGCUAAUGCGCCGACUAUAGCAAAUGGCAAUGGUAACAGCAAGGAUGCGUCCAUAGUUAAGUGUGGAAAUGGCGAGAAAAACAAAGUCAAAUUCUCAGACACAAUACAGGUCGCUGUGGUGCCAGAGAUUCCACGCAAGGAGAAGCCUAUGCCACCCAAACGCAAUGGUUAUUCACGCCCUGCUGUCCGUCAUCUUACCAAUCCGAAAAAGGAGUUGGCCGACAGUCUGCCACUAUGUCAUCCAAAUGAUGAAUACCUUAAGGAUUUCAAUCCCAUAUCCACAAAUAUGACUCGACCGCCCGCGAGACGAAGAGAUGAAGACCAGAGCAACAGUAAAGGCACGACAACGACACCGUCUGCCUCCUCAGCUCCAUCCAUUAAGGUGGUCCAUUUUGGUGUGGUUUAGCAGCCGCAGCUAAUUUAUAGUGCAAUUUCUCGCUAAGUUAAAUCUAGAUGCCCGUCUUCCCUAAGUUUAAAGAUAACCGCUAAUUAAUUCCGUCCAAGCAGUAAAAAGCUUUAAAUAGUGAACGGCGAAGUAAGCCAUUGCUUGCAUUAUUGUUUUUUUCUUUGUUUAUACAAAUAUUUGAACAAAGCCUAGUGGUAAUUAAAUGUUUUCCUAAAUGGCAAAA